AUGAUGUCCGCUAUUGGACCUGGAAAUGGCUUCGAACGUGACAGCAGCACAGAUACUGAAGAUGCGUUGGACUCUCGUGAAGGUCGAAAGAGAAUUCUAAAAUAUCGACAAAGUUUCCCUGGUGGCAGUGGUCAACCGAAGCCGAAACCCUGUUUAGUUCAGCGUCAAGCCUCGGCUUCUAGUGGUGGCUCCAGUCCAAGUACAGACAUGGCCGUUUGGCUUGGAAAAUCUCGGGAUAGCGACGGGUUGAGUCGACGCAAGGGCCGAGUUGUCGACGGAAGCGGAGCCGAUGACGACGAAGAAGAGGAUGAAGAUGACCUGAGCGUUCCCUGGCAAGACGAGUUCUUCUUCAGAUUUCAGGACCAGUUCGAUGUGCUGGAUUUGUCUGACAAUGAGAUCAGGAAGGUGGAUGGCUUCCCGACAUUGAAGCGUUUGAAGUGCAUCAUGCUGAAUAAUAACCGCAUAGUGAGAAUUGCGGCGGCGCUUGGUGAAAGUUUGCCAAAUCUCCAAGCCCUGAUUCUAUCGAAUAAUCAUUUACAAGAACUCUCCGACUUGGAGCCGUUAGGAAACAUUCCAUCCCUGGAAAUCGUUUCUUUGCUGCAUAAUCCAGUCGUUCAUAAACCUCAUUACAGGAGUUACGUGAUCACCUUAUUGCCCGAGCUGAGGAUUCUGGAUUUCAGAAGAGUCAAGCUAGCGGAACGCAAGGAAGCUGAAAAACUGUUCAAAUCUAAGAAGGGCAAAGAAAUGAAGCGAAAAAUUGAAACUGCCGCGAAAACGUUCGUACCUGGUGGGGAAAUUGAGACAAACGGCGACGCGCCUCCAGCCAAAAAACCAGCUGGUGCCGCCUCAACUGCGGAAAUGAGAAGAAUCAAGCAGAUGAUAGCGAAUGCAACAUCUUUGGAAGAGGUCGAGAGAUUGAAUCUAUUAUUACAGAAAGGUCAAUUGAACCCCGAGACUGCGAAGACCGGAAAUGGCGAUUCCGAAAUGGAUGCGGAGUGA